UUACAGGGUAAACUUUUUGACUCUACAGUAACUGAUGAAGGAACGUGGACAUUAGAAGACAGGAAGCUGAUACGAAUUGUUUUAAUGAAAACAAAUCGAGAUGCUGGAAACUGUUGGACAUCUCUGUUAGAAAAUGAGUAUGCUGCUGAUCCUUGGGUACAGGACCAGAUGCAAAGGAAGCUGACACUGGAGCGAUUCCAAAGAGAGAACCCUGGAUUUGACUUCAGUGGAGCAGAAAUUUCUGGAAAUUACAGCAAAGGAGGUCCAGACUUUUCUAGUCUUGAAAAGUAAACUGUUUAUAUCCCUCUUCCUUGGAAGGAAUUAUACAUUAUGCUUAAGGACUGGAAUUGUGUAGCUGGUGAAGUCUUCAGUGAUGUCUUCAACAGAUUGUCAUCAAGUAAUUAUUUCAAUGAAGAGAAAGCAGAUCUCUCCCGGCAGAAUGAAGAGAAGGUGUUACCAGCUAAUUUAUAAGCUGUGAUAAAUUUAUAAUUCCAACCAACAAACUACAGAGAAAGGUGUACACAAAAAAAUUAAUAUCUUAAAGCA